AUGAGAUAGAAUUUGUUUCUAGUCAAACCGGAUCUGUUUAAAUAUGUUUGACAUGUUUGACUUGUGUCCUGCCCUCACGUGUCAGCACAAGAUAUCACAAGAUAACGUGAAUGAAACAUUGAAAACACAAGGACCUAUACAAUCACUGAACAAAUAAAUGAAUUUCUCCAUUUUAAAAUCCUGCUGAACCUUUUGAUGAACAGAUAUGGCAGAGGGAUACCGAGACACUACAAAACUGACACGUCUUUUGAGUGAAUAUGUAGAACAAGCAGUGAAGCUGUCUCGACUUUAUAACAUCGAAAGUGGCUUCACCCAAAGCAAGACAAAUGUGGCAAGAGCAGCAGAAUCCCUGAUAAAAGCCCACCGUAAGAAGGACAUUGAAAGUGAUAUAAUAUCAGGAAUAAAACUGAUUACAAUCACAAUCGAAGUGCUGGAAAAAGAUUCAGAUCCCGUCCAACCAUGCUGUUCUAGUGUGGAUGUACCGCCCAGACAAUUCACUUAUAUGGAGAGGAAACGUCUUGAGCCUAAAUGGAAACAGCACAACAAAAAUAUGAUUGCACUCUUAAAACACUCAGAAGUGAGAAAAUACCUUGGAAUUCCUAAACUAUUGCAAGAAAUAACCAGCGCCAUGGACUUCUCUUCACAAGUUUCCAAUGGUUGUAAGAUUUGUGCUGAUUCACAGGACUCUGUUUGCUGGACACUGAAAACACCUACAGAAGGAGAACGAAUGCAAUUUAAGGUGAGCUCCACUGCAGGGAAGUAUGAGUGUUCAGUGACUGGCCUCCGCUGGUGUUGUGACAGUGAUGUCAGUUUUGUGUAUCAGAUCAUUAACUGGGAAUACAUCAGUGACGUUCUUGAAUCGAAGAAAUACAAGCCAUGUGGCCCUUUGAUGGACAUCACCGUAACCACUGGCACACUUGAGGCAGUUCAUCUUCCUCACUUCCUCUGUGUAGCGGCAGAACCUUCCAUCACAUCCGCCGUAAGAGUCCUGCAUAAGAAGGAUUCAGGGGAGAUUAUACUGGAAGAUUGUAAUGUUUACCCCUUUCAUGCCAAGCUUCUCAUGCCCACCUUCUCAGGCAAUGGUGUUGUUGUGGAAGAAGAUGCAAAUCCACCAGUCCAUGCUGAGGUUUUCAUUUAUCACAUAACUGAAAAUACAGCACAUCUCACCCUCCACAUGUACCUGAUUCCACAGACUGAAGACUUAGUGCAGAAAGUGAAAAAUUCACCAUCUUCACGUGGUAAACAAAUCAUUAAACCUAAUCCAGAGAACAAGCCACGAUAUCUUUUGGGUGAAUCUGAGGGCAAUUUGCGAUUGAAUGAUUGGUACGAACUCAAAAUAGACUGCGUAUCUCAAACAGAUGUUACACCUCCGGCAAUGAGCUUUAGGGAAACCAACCUAAGCUUCUUUGAGAUAUUUUUAAAAGAUGCAAAUGAAGACUUUGUCAUUUUCUGCGUUGACUCUGUACAUAAAAAAGUGGUUUGGAAAGCAAACAUACGGAAAGCGGAAUAUGGCAGAGGUGAUGUAUCCAGCUGUUCCAGUUCAAGAUUGUAUAUUGGUGCUGAGUUUGUGGAGAAGCACAGAACUGACUUGAUCAACAGAGUUUCUCUGGUGGAGCCCAUUGCAGAUGACCUGAAAGCUCAGAUUGGUGAUCAGAAAUACGCAAUUGUCUUACAAUCAGGAACAUCCCAUAAGAAAAUGAGAAAUCUUCUGUCUUUCCUGACAACACCUACACUGAAAGAGAAACUUUACCACAGCCUUUUAAAACAUGAGUCCUACCUUGUAGAUGAUUUGGAAAAUUCUGGCUGACUGGAAUACAUAAUCUUCAUCUGUAAGAGCACCUGAGACUGGAUGGCAGAAAUCAAGUUCAGUGAACAUGUGAAGAUUCUUGUGCAUCUAAAGUUUGAAUAGAUCAGACCAGCUGGCAUCUAAGAACACUUCACCAUGAGCUUUUAAAAUCCAUCAUGGAUGUGAA